AUGUCGCUGUACCACGAGGCUGCCCAAAUCCUCGACAAGGCGAAGAAGGAAGGCGGGGCGUUGAAAUCGAUAGUCUUCGGCAAGACGACCUGGAAGAGUGAUGCAAAGGCGCUGUACGCCUUGACGAUCGAAGGCGCAAAAUGGAGCGAAGUGCUCUCCGAAGCCAUUGAAAGAAGUGGCAUCCUCAAGGUUGAGAAGAGUCUCUCUCCAACCCUAGCCUUGCUACUUACUCACGACUUGUUCCUCGCUAGGAAAGGCAUUGCAUUGCCUGCGACCCAUGGCCUAAGUACAUGUGUAAGCCGCCACAAGGUGCGACUGUCUGCCGAGCUCACCAAGGCAAGACUGCGACGCGGCUGCGCCACUCUCGAUGCUCUGCGGCAUCAGAUCAAUUCACAGAUCAGCACCGACCAGCAAAGUGCAGCCAACGGAACAUCCCCAGCCCGGCACCCACGAUGGCUUCGAGUCAAUGCACUGAAGACAACCUUGUGCGAAGAACUCUCCAUCUCCUUUGCCAAUUACACAAGGGAAGAGUCUCUUCAAGACAUCACAAGUCCUGCAAAGCCGGGUCGACUGCUGUAUGUUGAUGACCACAUCCCGAACUUGCUCGCCAUCGCUGGACCCGACAACCCAACAACUUUCAAGUCGUACAAAACCGGCAAGCUCAUCAUCCAGGAGAAGGCGUCAUGCUUUCCAGCAUACUUACUCGACCCAACUCCCGGCGAAGGCGACGUGAUAGAUGCAUGUGCAGCUCCUGGAAACAAGACCACGCAUGCCGCCGCACUUCUCACAGGCUCAAAUUCCCGCGUUAUCGCCUGCGAGAAGGAUCCCGAACGAUCCAAGACUCUAGCGAAGAUGGUAAAGCUGGCCGGCGGCGACAAAUCCAUUGCUAUCAAGGCCAAGCAGGACUUCCUCCGACUAAAGCCGAAUUCGAAGGAGUUCGCAAACGUGACCUCACUUUUGCUAGAUCCAAGCUGUUCCGGUAGUGGCAUCUUCGGUCGAGACGAAGCCAGUCUCACAGUUCGUCUGCCAUCCAUCUCGACCGAGGAGCCAACUUCCAAGUCCAGGAAGCGGAAACGUGCAAGCAAGCCACCCGCAACACUUAAAGAGCCGGAGCCAGAACCUCCAUCGGAGGACGUCAUCGAAGAAGAAACCCCGACAGAUCCAGCCGUCGACGACGAAGAAAAGUUGAAGGCGAGACUCGAGAAUCUAUCCACCUUCCAGCUCCGCAUCUUGCUCCACGCCAUGUCCUUCCCAGCCGCCAAGCGCAUCACAUACUCCACAUGCUCCAUCCAUGCCACAGAGAACGAGGCCGUUGUCGUCAAGGCGUUAGCUUCAAGUGUUGCCGCAGAGCGUGGCUGGACAGUUCUCCGGCGACCGGAUCAAGUGGAUGGCAUGAAGCGAUGGCACAAACGCGGGCAUGUUAAUGCGGUACAAGAAGCGAUGGCUCAGGUCAAAGUCAGCGGAACGUCGAAAGAUCAUAUAAAUGCACCAGAAGUGGCGGAUGCAUGCAUUCAAUGUGACAAGGGUGGCGAGGAUGGUACGAUGGGCUUCUUUGUGGCUGCAUUUGUAAGGGAUGAUGCGUUGGUUCGUGCUCCUGACCAGGACGAUUCGAUGCAAGACCACGACGACGAGGUGAUUGAAGAGACGGAAUGGAAUGGGUUUAGUGGGGACGAAGCUUGA